CACACAAAGCUUGUUACAGUCCAAAGCUAAAGCUAUAUAUAUAGGGCUUCAAUUUCCACUUCAUUCACUCACUGCUAUCAUAAACCAGAUCAACAAAUGGCUCGUUUGCGUAUCCUUCUCUUGGCCCUCGCCAUUUCCUCCAUUUUCUGUCGAUUGCCGGCAAAUGCUGUGUCCCCAAAAGCUCUGGUCGCGCCCAUCACAAAGGACGCCAAAACCCUGCGCUACACCGUAGAAAUCCUGCAGAAAACCCCUGUGCAGAAGCAGAAUUUAAUGCUAGAUCUCACCAGCGAUUACUCCAUCUUUCGCUGCUCAGCAAAAGCCUACAAAUCAUCCACAUAUUCUCCCGUCCCCUACACCGAAACCCUCUGCAAGUCAUACGAAUAUUCCGGCUCUAGUAUCUGUUAUUCUCCGACGGCCCCCGGCUGCCACAAUGGCACGUGCGUAGUUCCGGGACUGCCCAACUAUGAGCUGGCACGUGACGUGGCGUCCAUCCGCGCCACCUCGGGUUCGAACCCCGGUGGUUACGUUAAGGCCUCCGGCGUGGUCUUCGCCUGCACCGAAGAAACCGACACCUUCCGGGACUACCCCAGCAAGGCAACGGGGCUUGCCGGUAUGACGGCAUCCUCGCUGGCACUGCCAGCUCAGCUAUCGGCGUCUCUUGGCAUUUCACGGGAGUUCGCCAUUUGCUUGCCUUCGACUGCCAACUCACCCGGUGCGCUCUUCUUCGGCAGCAAGCCAUAUGUCUUUCUGCCGCCACCUGGCAGGGAUCUGUCCACGAGGCUCAUCACGACGCCCCUGCUGAAGAACAGCUUCUACACAGACGACUACUACAUCGGCGUACGUGGCAUCCAAGUCAAUGGUGUCGACGUGGCAUUCAACAAGUCGAGCCUCCAGUUCGGCUACCGCGAACGUGGCGGCGCCAAGCUGGACACGCUCGUCCCUUACACGCAGCUCUCCUCCGCAAUAUACAACUCUCUCGCCAAGGUCUUCACUGACGUGGCAAUUAAAAUGAACGUCACCCGAGCUGCUGCCAACGUGGCUCCGUUUGGCACGUGCUUUAAUACUGCUGGCGUGGCGUCCACCCGCGUGGGCCCUGCCGUGCCAACUAUUGACCUCGUGCUGCAGAAUAAUGCCACGUGGAGGAUCUUUGGUGCCAACUCGAUGGUCCAGGUCAGUGAUAAAGUGAUGUGUUUGGGGUUUGUUGAUGGGGGUGGAGAUCCCGUCACCACCAUUCUAAUCGGGGCAUAUCAGAUGGAGGACAAUUUUCUCCACUUUGAUCUUGCCAGGUCAUCGCUGGGCUUUACCUCUUCCCUGCUCUUUCAGCAGACAACCUGCUCAAACUUUAAUUUCACAUCUUCUAAAUGAAGGAUGGAAAUCUACAAGAAUCAGCAUUUCAAAAUAAAGAUUAAAAUAAAUAAAAUGUGCUGAAUAUUUUGUGUUCUA